GAUUCUGGUGGGGUGAAGAACACAUUGUGUGGAUACCAGACACUUGAUAAAGAGAGACUGGACGUGGCUCACAUCAUCCAUGUGCGAGGGUGUAUACACGCUGUGGGACUUUGGCUAAAUGACAACUUCUGGGUAACGUUUGCCCUAGCCAUUGCUCUGCUGGCGCCUCAGAUUCUGGGUAUUGUUUUGUCCUAUAUGUUUUGGAUAAAACUCAAGGACAUUUGUAAUACAUUUGAUGAGGUGGAUUUCAGAUCCCUGAAAUUAAAAGACUUUACCUUCAAGGAAUUGGACCUGAGUGGAGCUGGCUGCUGUCUCUGCAUACCAAGGGAGGAGGGCUACAUUCCCGUCAAUGCAGACAGCGAUGAUGAAAGACUAACUUAGCACUUGAAGCAGCGGACGAUCUGUAUCGGAAGCCCACAAGGGAAGCUGUAAGGCAACAUCUACUCGACAAUGGCAUUUAACAUACCAUGGGCUACCACAGCAUAUUGCAAUGCAUUACGCUCUACAUAAAGGCAAAGCUAAUGUUAGGAAGAAUACAUCAGAUUCCUAGUGCAAUAAAGAAAAUGGCAGCGUGGUGUUCUCAUACAUCCAACAACUGUUUACAAUGUUUAC